UUGAGCUGGGCCUUCCGGAUAGAGGUUGAUUACGUAAGCUGACCAUAGACCUCUUCCAUUUUCCAAGGUUGCACAGCAAACUCAGCAGAAAGCAAAACGAACCAUGAAGAUACGAAACCAACUCAGGAAACCGACAGAGCACUAAGCCAGAUUCAGGGAUGGAUAACCUAGAUCACUCGAUUGGGGAUGCGACUGCUGGACCAGACAAGACGACCGGCGGCGUAUCCCGAUUGGCUGGCCUCACAUUCGGAACAGAUGAAGACAGCUUCCACAGUCAAGACUUUGAACAACAACAGCCACCAUUACCAUCAUCAAGGCACCCUCAUAAGAAGAAGAAGACCAGCAGCAGCAGCAAGAACCUUUCAUCAGAAGACAAGACUAUCAUCAACGCCCACCCCGAUGAUCCUGAUCAAACCCAAGAUACGGACGGAAUGAUGAACGAACUCGAUAGCUAUAUCAACCCGAAGCAUACCAGAAAAUCAAACUACCAACUCAACAACCAAAUCAGAAACAGACAACAACCACUUCCACCAAACUCUCAAUCGCGAGCCAAUUCCAAUCAACAUCUCACCACCAUCACCCGUCAAUCUCAAAGCCAUGCCAAUAUAACUCAACAAGACGACUCAUUCCUAAACGAUCCUGCUGCAUUCAUCAUCAGUCCACACAACAGUCCAGAAGCUUCUAGACUAGCCAGAUAUAACAGUAGUGAUAACCCUAGAAAACCCUUGCCUGGUCAAAGGAUCUUGAAUUCUGGCGAUCCACCUCGUGGAGGAGGUAAUCAUCUCACAUUACGAGAACAGGAAAAAGCGAUCGAUGAAGUCAAAAAAGACAACUUCAAUUUGAAGUUAAAAAUCUACUUCUUAGAAGACAGAAUGGCAAAGCUAGCACCAGAUCAGGUCGACUUGGCACUCAAGGAGAACGUGGAAAUCAAGGUAGAAUUCCAAACAGUCCGACAAGAGCUGAAACGAUACAAGCGCUUACUGCUGGAAGCAGAACGCGCAAUCGAGCUAGCCAAGACCGAGCGCGACGAACUACUAGAACAAAAAACGUUAUCUGCUGAAAGAACCAGCUCUGGAUUACAAGCCGAAGUGAAGAAGGCAAGAGAUGAAGUUGCGACCAAGGAUAAAUCGAUCCAGAACUUGGAAAGUGAACUACAACGGCUCAAGGAUCAUCUAGAACGCGUCUCUUCAAAAGAUAGCCCAUCCAAGAUCGCCUCUAGUCACGCCCGAAACCACACUCGUCAGUCGAUCUCUAAUCAAUCCGUCGAUAAUUGGUCUAAUCAAGAACACUUGACGGAGAUCAAAAACCUCAAGAACGAGUUGGCCGAAGAGCGUCAGCAGAAAGAAGAACUUCUAGGUGAUAAUCAGGAUUUGAGAUAUCAACUGACCGAAACCAAGAACGCCUUACAAGAUACUCAAGAUCAGCUCGAAGAACGUGAUAAUCGAAGCCAUCACAUCAGUCGAGCUCAAAGUAGAUUUCAAGAAGAUCCUAACGAUUAUCCAAGUUCUGGUCGAAAACCAACGGGGGGGAUCACUAACCAAACAAUGGUCAAAGAAUUCGAGCGAGAAAUUAAAGACCUGGAGAGACAGCUUCGUGAAUUAGAAAACGAAAACGUCGAGUUAAGAUCCCAAGUCAAUGCUCAAGUCAAGAUGCUUUCGACAAAGAACUCAGAAAAGGAUAAGUUGCAAGACCAAGUGAGCAAUCUGAAAAGCAAAGUCAUGGAUCUACAGGAUGAAUUAGAACAAGAUGCGCGUGAAUUUGAGAAAAUUCAACAAGCUGGUAAUAUCAGUCUUCACGAUCAAGCGGCCGAUGAAGUUCGAGAGGAAUUGAAUAUGUAUAGAGAUAAAUCUGCAUCUGCUCUAUUGAAUCUUGAAAAAAGACAGAAGGAGAUCGAUGAGUUGAAUGCCGAAUUAGACGAUCGAGAUGCGACUUUUAACGAGGAGGUUCAGAAAAUCACCCGCCAACACAGCCGUGAGCUCGAUGCUGUCAAAGCUCAAAGAGAUGAACUUCAACAGGCAAUACAUGAGCGGGAAGACCAAAUCGCUGAACUCAGUGAUCGGUUGAGGGAAGUGAUCAAUUUACAAGCAGAGACGGACAAAUCAUUGCGAGAGACGCGAAGUAAAUUGAAGGAGAAGGAGAAAGAUUAUAACUCGAUUCUCCAAGACUUGGAAGUCGCGCAAACCGAUCUCAAAGAGAUUGGGGCCGGAAAUCGGGAACUUGCAGCGGAAGUUCACGAGAAAGAUCAGCAGAUUACCGAAUUGGGUGCUGAGUUAGAUGAACUGGAGCAACGCGAAUCAAACCGAUCGACAGUUAACGAGCAAGUGGUAGUAAAACUCAAACAGAAAUUAAAUGGUACCAAAUCGGAACUCAACGAGCUUUCGGUCCGACACGAAUCAUGUCUAUCUGAGUUGAAAUUCUUGAAAGACAAGCACGAAGAACUUCAAUCAAGACAUUCGGAGAUUGAGGAACGACGAAAGAAGGAAUCGGAUCUGAAGCGUAGAUUAGAGAGAGAACUUGAUGAUCUUGAGCGCGAAUUACGAGGGACUCGGGAGAAAAUGGACCUUCAAGCCAUCGCGUUCAAGAAAGAAAAACGCGAACUACAGUCUUCCUUCCAGCUUGCGCUUGAUUCCAAGCAAAAGGCGUUAGCCCAAGCUGAAAGUGACCUAGACAACCUGCAAGGAAAACUAGAGGUCCGAGAAGAAGACAUCGAGAAAUUGGAAACGAUGUUGAAGCGUUUAGAGAGCGAAUCUAAUCAGUUCAACCAAUCUCAAUCUCAUGAUAAAUUCUCUUUGGAACUCGAAAUCGAAAGGAUCCAGAGAGACUUGCUUCAUUCUACCCAAGAAACUCAAACUUACAAAGAUCAAAACGUUUCCCUUCAAAAACAAAUCUCUAAAUUCCAGGCAGCUAUCGCUAAUUUGAAAUCCGAGAAAGACGAAUUGUCGGAUAAAUUGUUAGGUGUGCAGCGCGCCCGGGAUUCAUUGAAUGAGAAAUACGAGGAGCAGACUAAGAAUCUUCGAGAGACUCAAAACAAUCUAUCGGUCAAUAAGAACCGAUUGCAAUCCCUGGAAGAUGAAUUGACUUCCGAUCACUUACAGCUGAACAAAUCUGAGCGUCAAUACAAGGAUCAAAUCAGUGAACGAAACACGCUCUUGUUGACGAUUUACCAAUACCUUGAGAAACUUUUAAGUAGUGGAUCUAAUCAUAGAAGGAUCAGUAGUGCCCAAGAUGCAAAACCAUUCACGAAUUUUACAGUUUUCCAUGAAAACAUUAUCAAUCGACUGAAGAACUUGGGGACCAUGCAAUCGGGAUUUGAGACGAAAAUCCAAGAAGUUGAGAAGAAGCUCGAGAAACAAUAUGCCUCUCUGAAGCGACAGCAUGAUACUAGGAUGAGACAGCUAGACCAAUUCGAAACAACCAUCAAAGCCGCCACAGAUACUCAACGUCAAUGGCGAGCGCGAAUGACGACGAAGCAAGGAGAAGUGGAUGCGGCGAAGGAGACGUGCAGCGAGCUGCAGAAGCAGAUCAGUUCGCUGAAGACGCGGGCCUCGAUAGCAGGCACGAGUCCGGGCUCGAGCACCGAGCACAGACAAGCUUUGGCGAAGGUGGUCCAUCUGGAGAAGAAGUUGGCGGCAACUCAGAACCAGCUGAAGUUGACGGAAGAGAAGUUCAACGAGGCGAAGCUUAAGGUGGCCUCCGUCGAGGCCAGUUGGCUUGCUCGAUUGAAAGAGCUCCAGGAUCGUAAUAAGGAGUUGGAGGAGAAAGUCAAGCGCGAGAAGAGGUCCGCGAAGGAACGUAAGGCCGAUCUCGACCUUCAAGUCUCCGGCUUGAAAGAUCAGAUCGCCUCCUCUGAUCAUCGCUCUAAACAGUUAGAAGAUCUCUUGACCACUCAUCAACAAAAUCUUCAACCUCAACGGAAAUAGUCCCCAUCCCUUCUUAUCACUCUUGCCGUCCAUAACAAAUCUUCUCUCUGAAUUUUCCUUCUAUACAACAGUGUUAUUGGUAUUUAUGUGCAGACUUAUUCCUUGUACCUAUUUAAUCGUUCCUCGUUACUUCAUCGAUUUCAUAAUUUAUUUCCAAUCUUUUUGUUUUCAUUGUAGUGCUGAUACAGCGGGUGUUAGGCUAACAAGAGGAUUACUUGAACCAAUCGAACUUGGUUCUUUGUUGAUUGGUAUCCACCUUAUUUACAUUUUUUUGUUCCUGUUAUACUUGUGUUGUAAGAUUGACUUGUGGCUGUUCAUCGUGUUAUAUUUUUGUAAGUCAUAUGUUUCUGUUACUUGUUUUUGUGAGUAGGUCAGGUUCUUCAUUGCAGAUGUCAUCCAUCAUGAUCUAGUCUUCAAUGACUGGCUUUGAAAGUGGGGAUUAGUAAACAAAAAUCC